AUGUAUCCACGAGGACGAAAUAAUAUUCCUGUGCCAUCACAAUUUAGUGAAGAAGAACAUGACGAACCUUCAACUUCAGGUUUUACAUUAGUCAUGUUGAUUGUACACAAUCUUGAUCAUAUGAUGCAACCACAUGAAUGGGAAACAUUAUUAACACGUGAAAUUCAUGGUGCUCGUAUUUUAGGUGUGUCUGUUGUUCGUGAACAAUCAUCAUCACGUCCAUGGGGUGAAGGUGAAUUAACAGCAUAUAUAUUUACUCGACAUGAUGCUCCACUUAUUCGACAAUAUUUACAUAAUCGACGUCUUGGUUUCCGACGUCUACAUGUCGAUGCAGUAGCAAGUGAAGGUGGAAUUGAAGUGUUUCUUGUACACAAAAUCGUUCAAUUACUUAAAUUAAAUCCACAAAUGUCCGACGUAGCUAUUGAACAACGUAUUAGUAGUUUUUUUCGACGUAUUCCAACAGCUAUACGUCCUCGAGAUUAUGAUCGUACAGCUGUUAUGCGUUUAGUUAAUGAAUGUAUGGGUUUACCAGUAUCACCACCUGUCACAAGUGAAGAUAGUGAAGUUGAUGGAGAUUCACCACCCUCACAUUCGACUGCUACUAUUGUUCAACCAAUAGUAUCAAUACCCAUACAAUCACAAUCUACAUUUCCUUCACAACAACAACCACAAAUACAAAUUCCACCUCCACCACCACCACCACCGCCACAACAACAACAACAAGAACAACAACCUGUUUUUAAUCCUCAAUUGAUUACAAUUGAUGAACGUACAUUACAACUUCAUUUUACUCCACUUUAUUUUGAUCUUUUAGAAGCUAUGGCAAAUAUAAAGAACAACAGUGAAUAUAUUCAAUUAGCAAAUACUGGACUUUUCUAA